AGGAUCGAGCCGAAGCCGCAGCGGCCGCAGGGUCAGGACCUGCCCGCACCGGGUACCCGGGAUGCAGGGUAAAGGGGCAGGCAGCUCCUCCAGCCCCGUGGCUGCAGCUUCGUUACCACCCCUGGCCCAGGCCAGACACCCGCCCAUCAGCGAGGGGGAGAUCUUCAAGCUUCCAGGCAGGCUGAGAAUCCAGCCCUCGUUGUGGAGCAAGGAGGACGUGAUCCACUGGCUGAGGUGGGCAGAGGCAGAGUAUUCCCUGCGGGAAACUGACGGCAGCAGGUUUGAGAUGAACGGCAAAGCCCUCUGCAUCCUCACCAAGGAGGACUUCAGACACCGAGCUCCCAGCUCAGGUGACGUGUUAUAUGAAAUACUCCAUUACAUUAAGACUCAGAGAAGAGCCCUGAUGUGCAGCCCUUUGCUCAGCUCACCCUUCAAGGAAGCAAGGACCACUGAGGAAGGGACAGGCUGUGGUUUCCAGGCUGCCCCAGGUGCUGGUUCCUCCUGCCUGGGUUGUGCAGGACAACCCGUGUUCCACAGCCACGUGGAGCCACUGAACCUCUCCCACCACAGCUCAGAGGACAGCUGCCAGCCAGGGGCCAUCUGCUCUUUUCCUACAGCCCUGUCAGCUCCAGUGGAUGGGAAAAUUGCAGACUGCAGGUUGCUGUGGGACUACGUGUACCAGCUCCUCUCCGACAGCCGCUACGAGCCCUACAUCAAGUGGGAAGACAAGGAAGCCAAAGUCUUCAGGGUUGUCAACCCCAGUGGACUUGCCCAGCUCUGGGGGAACCACAAGAAUAGGAUGAACAUGACCUAUGAGAAGAUGUCCCGAGCUCUCAGACAUUACUACAAACUCAACAUCAUCAAAAAGGAGCCGGGGCAGAAGCUGUUGUUCAGGUUUUUGAAGACUCCUGGGAGGUCCAUCCAGGAGAAAUCCAGCCAACUGGAGCAGCUGGAGAACGAGGAGCAUUUCAAAGAUGACCCACUGGAAGUUUCACCAUAGGAAAUGUUGAAGGUGGCAUUUGUGGUGCUUGGCAGACAGACCCGUGCUCUGCUGGGAAGUGCUGGUAUCUCUUCCAUCUCCUGGAUAGGAGACCACUGAGCUGGUCCUGGGUCUCAAAACCUGCCCUGGGCCAAAGCUGUGACACCUCUGGGGCUUUGUUAGCAAAACACACCCAGAAACUGUCCCCCAGCCCUGGAAAUGCAGGUGAACGUGGGGACUGGUCUUCUGCUCACUUCUCUUCUGCCCUCUGGGAGGGAAUGGGAAGUUCUUGCUCCAGAAGGUUCUUGCUCUUUAAGGUUCAAACCUUCUAGUAGAGAGGACUGGAGCACCCAAGCUGGGUCCAACAUCUCCCCAAGGGCUCUUCUUCUGGACUUGAGUCACUCCCCUGGUGGGAGGACAGACCCAGGCUGUAGAUGUGAGUGACACUGUGGUCUCUCUGUCUCCCAAGGCCUUGCUCCUGGGAUGAAGGGUGGGAGUGUUCUGGAAUACCUGCCUGGAUCAGGCCUGGCUGGAGCUCCAGGCUGCUCAGAUGCCCUAACCCAGGUCUCAUAUUAACUCCUCUCACUCCGUGUGAUGCUUUUUGUAAUCAGCUGCCUAAAGAAGGUGAAAAGAAGCCCAGCCAG